GCCCCCUGUGAAAUGUAGUCUUACUGUAGCCAUUUUGCACUUGGUGCGCUGAAAAACAAAACACACUUACCACCAAGCUCUUCAGCGUGACAGUCAAAUUACUGUCGUUGGUUACAUGCUGCACUGGGAUCUGAUGUUGUAGAAAAAGGACAGAGACUAGAAGUAGAGUCAGUGGAUCAGCAUGGACUAUGAGCGGAGGGGUGGGAGAGGUGACCGCAUCGGUCGAUAUGGAAACACCCACAACGAUCACAACUUUCGGGAUAUGGACUACCGAGGCUAUGGCCAAGAGGACGAGUUGACAGGAGCGGGCUAUGAUGUCAGAGCAGAGGAGGACAGACUGUAUGGCCAUGAUGAGCAAUCGCUGGGUGUCCAUGACUUCUCACCAGGUCGCCUUCAAGACCGUCCUGGGUUUCACCAGAGAGGAGAUGGGCGAGGGGACAUUGGGCGAGAAGGGAAAGGGCUCCAGUGGCCCUCAUGCUCUCAGUCACAGCCUGAUCUAGCCCCUCCCAUGCUUCAGAGAGAGGAGGAGGGAUCCAGGAGGGAGUUUGAGCAGUUACGGACUGGCCUGCAGGAAAGGGGUAGGGGGAAAGGCGGAAGAGGCUUCCCUGAGAACACUGCCCCACAUUUAGGGAGUAGGGAGGCCAACUGGGGUCGUGGUGGUGCUCAUUCUGAACAGAUGGAAUACAAUAUGGCAAGACAGAGAGAGGAGGACAGGUUCUCUCGUGGGACGGGGAAGAGGAGGGCUUUUCCAGUGGGGACAGAGGAGCAUGGCUACGGGAGUUCUGGUCCAGACCUGUCUCUUGAGGAGAUGGAUCAAAGGGACCAGGACUACCGUGCUGAUCAAGACCACAACCAGAGGCCUAGCAACAUUAUAAUGCUUCGCAUGCUGCCUCCAAAUGCCACCGCUAAUGAGAUUCGCGCACAACUUCAGGAGCAGGGGAUCCAGCCAAGAGAGGUUCGGCUCAUGAGGAACAAAUCAUCAGGUCAGAGCCGAGGAUUCGCCUUCGUCGAGUUUAAUGUCAUACAGGAGGCCACCCGCUGGAUGGAGACCAACCAGGGAGUGCUGUUGAUUCUGGGACAGAGAGUGUCAAUGCACUACAGCGACCCAAAACCGCGUGCAAACGAGGACUGGCUCUGCAACAAGUGUGGUGUGCAAAACUUUAAAAGGAGAGAGAAGUGCUUCAAAUGCAGUGUGCCCAAAUCAGAGGCUGAGCUAAAGUUGCCCCAGUUGCAAAGGGAUUUGCCUAUUGGUCUUCAAAAGGAGGGUGCACAAGGCUUACUGCCCCUGCCAGCACCCUACCACUCUUCUGGUCCUACUGUUAACCCAGGACAAGCUACACAGCAGGCAGAUGUUGCCAAUGACACUCUGAUCCUUAGAAACCUUGGCCCGCAUACUUCAGUGGAAGCCAUUUUAUCUGCUUUGGCUCCAUUUGCCACACUCUCCCCCUCCAAUGUUCGCCUAAUCAAGGACAAGCAUACACAUCUCAACAGGGGCUUUGCUUUUCUACAGCUCUCUACCAUAGUGGAGGCAUCUCAGCUGCUCCAGAUCUUACAGGCUCUCCAGCCAGCUCUCUCUAUUGACGGGAAGGCUAUUGUGGUGGAGUUUGCCAAAGGCUCCAAACGUGAUGUGUUUCUGACAGAUGGCAGCAGAGUGAGUGCUGCUACAGUGGCCAGCACAGCUAUAGCUGCUGCACAGUGGGCUGUAACACAGACUGCCCAGAAUGGCUCAGGUGGAGCUCAGAGUGUAGAUACAGCAGUAUAUCAGCAGGGGGAAGCAGUAACAUACAGUCAGGAGGGACAUGAAUACUCUGGACCAGAUGGCACAACUUUCAAAGCUCAAGCAGAUACCAGGGUUGCUGCUUUGCCCAGUACAGGAACAGCUCUAAUGGGAGCAUACACAGCAGGAACUGCCGCAGCUGUCAUUUCAUCUGAAGCAGUGACAUCUGGCGGUGCAGUUGUUCAGCAGCCUCUUAUUCAUACACAGACUGCUCUCAUCACCACAGCCACUACCUUACCAGCCACACAGGUUGAGAUCGUGGGAAAACCACAACCAGCUACUCCCAGCCAACCUGCAACACCAGGCACUGAACACGAGCUCCAGCAAUACCCUGUGCCAGAUGUUUCCACAUACCAGUAUGACGAAAGCUCUGGCUACUAUUACGACCCACUCACAGGACUCUACUAUGACCCUAACUCCCAGUACUACUACAACCCUCACACUCAGCAGUACAUGUACUGGGAUGGAGAUAAACAGACCUACAUUCCUGCUGCUGCUGGCCAGUCAAACACAGAAGGCGCUCCCACAAGUGACUAUGCAGGCCCUUCAGACUCACCGUUCGCUACCCCUGGCAGCAAGGAGAAAAAAGACAAACCCAAGAAUAAAACUGCUCAACAGAUCGCCAAAGAUAUGGAGCGGUGGGCAAAGAGUCUCAAUAGACAGAAGGAGAACAUGCGUUCUGUCUCCUCUUCCCCUGCCGUUGGUUCCACAGUUCUGCCACCUGGUUACGCCAGAGCACCAGGCCACGGUCGCCUAGAUGACCGCCGAGAAUCUGCUAGUGCUGAUGCAGGCUACGCGGUCCUGGAGAAAAAGGGGGCACUGUCUGAACGGCCUCAGAUUUUUCUGGACCAGAUCCGUCAAACUGCAGAUUCUUCCCCUCCUCUGCAGCAGGGUCUGGUCCCAGCCUACAGUGGAGAAACUGACAGUGAAGAAGAAGGAGGCGAGAAAGAUGAAAAAGAAGGGAGAAUGACAGACUGGGUUAAACUGGCCUGUUUGCUGUGUAGGAGACAGUUCCCCAGCAAGGAAGCCCUUAUAAGGCACCAGCAGCUCUCUGAACUACACAAGCAAAACCUGGAGCAGAGAAGAGCCCAGCAGGACACUUCAGGCAGAGAGAGACUUGCAGAUGGACCUGAACCUCCUGAUAAGAAGAGGAAGUUUAGCCCCAUCGAUGGGAUCACAGGCACUAGUCUUGGUGCCAGGAUGCUGCAGGGAGGUGUGAAAAAGGGGCUUCUGUUGCACAACAUGCAAGUGGAGUGAGCCCUCACCCUGAAACCUCAACAUCUUGAACCAAGACAGGACUAGGGCAAAGCCCAGCACGCAACACGUCACCAUUAACAUCAUAUAGAUAAUGCUCUUGAUUUUGGUUUUACAUUACAUUUACCUCAACAGUGGUAAUACACUCCUAUGAACUGAUCCUGUAGCAGUGGAUGUCAGGAUAUUGCACAGAAUGCACCUUUUUUGCUUUCUUCCUGAAUGAUGAAGGUUUGAGUUCUCACUUGCUUCAGAGCUUGUGCAUUAUAAACAAGCUUUAUGUCCUUGGGAGACAUUUGCUGUUGGAAAAAUGAAAGAUCAAUAUAGAUCUUUGUGGCAGCAAAUGGCAUUUUCUAAUAUUACUGUCUAUGCACCAUAGAUUUUUUUAUUUAAUGCUGUAUCCCUUGUCAUUCAGUGAAUGACUGAUCUGGGCAUGAACUGUGUAUACAUUUUAGAGUGAGCACUUUUUUACUGCAGUGCGAGCUAAGAGACUGGCUGCAUGGACUGGACAGGGUCCACACUAACAAUAGUGUGUACAUGAAGUGUCUCCGUUUGUCAUAUUACAAAAUAUGAAUUCACAAUGUAAUACAUAGUUGUCUCUGGAGAAAGUUAUUUUUUAUUUCUGUAUUUGUUUUCAGUAAUGUGACUGUUUUUCAUCAAGCUUAUGUAAAUUCAGAAUAACACGUUUUCAGUACGAUUGUCUUGUUUGAACUAUGCCAGUAAACAGCAGUCAUUAUUUCGA